CCAUUCCCUUCUGUGUCUCUCUCUACCCUUCAACCCAUUAUAUACUCGGCCGGCCAUCCAAAUCCCUCCUCCAUACCCUCCCUUCGGAAAAAAAAAAAAGAGAAUAUCCCUCCAUCCCUCCCCUCAAACCCCACCACAUGAAGGCCUAAAAAUCAUACUCCACAAAUAUCACCUCCACCUGAGAUCGUCUCAUUUUCCCUCAAUAUUUCCAUCUUUCUCUCACUAAAACAUCCCAAAGCAAUGGCUACCAACGAAUACCAAGGCGGUUUCUCCCUCUCCAUGUCCUUCCGCGGCCGUUCCCUCCUCCGCCGCAACCAAGUCGUCUCCAUGGAGCAAGUCCAAGAACAGGAGCUCCACGAGCUCGACCUCUUCCACUCCCACGUCGCCGACCGCCUCCUCUCCCUCCUCCCCUCCGACUCCCCCAAACAUCCCCUCGAGAACCCGCCUUCGCCACUCUCUCUCGCCUUUCUCUCCAAGCUCCUCGACACCCUCCUCGCCGUCGAGGCCGAAUUCCGCCCGCUCCUCCCCCUCCUCGGCAGCGGCCCCUCCGGCGCCGCCGCCGCCUCCCGCCCCGUCGCCGACCUCCUCGACCGCGCCGUCAAGUCCCUCGACCUCUGCAACGCCGUCUCCUUCUCCCUCCACUCCUUGCGCCACUGGCUCCGCCAUGCCCAGAUCGCCACCUCCGCCCUACUGUCCCCGAGCCCCCACCUCGCCGCCGCCCACCUCCUCCGCGCCCGCCGCGCUCUCUCCAAGCUCCUCCCCUCCGACGGCGCCUCCGGCAUCCGGACCGAGCGCACCGGAUCCUUUGGCCGGCGGGAGACGAACUCGAGAUUCUUGUCUUGGAGCAUGUCGAGGAACUGUUCGGCCCACCUCGCCGCUCCCCGCGGCAGCGAGGGGGGCGCCAGGGAGCUGGCGGUGGCUGUGUACACGAUGAGCGCCGUGAUGGUGUUCGCGAUGUGGGCUCUAGGUGCGGCGUUGCCGUGCCAGGAGCGUGGUGGGCCGCCGGUGGCGCCGCCGAAGCAGCUGCCGUGGGCGGCGUCGAUGGUGGCGCUGCAGGAAAGGAUCGCGGAGGAAUGGCGGCGGAGGGAUCGGAAGGCGGCGGCUGCGGGGCUGCUGGUGGAGCUGCAGGAGGUGGAGGGGUGCGGGAAGGUGCUGAUGGAGGUCGUGGAGGAGGCCUCGGGCUCCUGCGCCGCUUGCGGCACGUCGCUGGAGAGGGAGAGGGCGGAGGAGGUGGCGCAAAGGGCGGCGGAGCUGGCGGAGGCGUGCCGGAGGCUGGAGGAGGGGCUUGGGCCGCUGGAGAGGCAGGUGAGGGAGGUAUUCCACCGGGUGGUGGGGAGCCGCGCAGAGGUGCUCCGGAGCUUGGGUCAGAGCGCGCGCUCUACUCCCGCGCCCUCUCCCAUUGCUUCGUAGUAAAAAUUAAAAUCCCUAGGCUUGGAUUUGGGUUUUUCUGGAACUAUAUAUUUUUAUCAAAUUCUUUCAUGUGUUUAUAUGUGAAUGUAACAUUAACUAGAUCAAUCCUUUUUUCCCAUCUUGUUUUAAGUUUAUUGAGUACACAAGGAUGAAAGCUGAGGCUUCCAAGAUCCAAAGCAAUUUAGGAACUUAAUCUUAGUUUUUCAGACUUGCUAGGAGUCAAUUUGAUUGGUUAUUGACUGCAUCGAAAUGUAAUAUUGUUUGUAAUUUGUAAUUUCAUCUGCUUCUGUAAAUAUUACUUGAAAAUUA